UUGUAUUAGUACACAACUACUAGCCUACUGGUAAAGAUAUCACAUUAUCAUGUUGAAGAUCAGUUUGAUUGUCCUUUUGUCCUGUGUUUGCUGUCGAGCUGGAAAGCCAGGAUGUUUAAAAGAACACCUCAUAAAAGAAAUUGAGAGGAACUUGAAAGAUCUACAAUCUAUUCAUGUUCACAACGGUGAAAACUCAGGCGAGACGUAUAUCAGAUGGGGGAAAACAUCAUGUCCAAAGGAGUCUAAUCUUGUUUAUGAUGGAUAUGCUGCCGGAAAACACUUCAACAUUGGUGGGUCUGGUGCAAAUUUUCUAUGUUUACCAAAGAAUCCUGAAUGGAAUAGUUAUAAAGACGGGGUAAACACGUGGAGGGGUAAAAUAUAUGGUAUCGAAUAUGAAGUAGGCCAGAAGCCAUAUCCAUCCACUUUUCACGAUAAAGAUAUGCCAUGUGCUGUAUGCCAGUCUAAAAGAUCAACAGUUUUAAUGGUACCAGGUAAACUAACGUGUCAUGACGGAUGGCACAAGGAAUUUUCUGGAUACCUUAUGUCGCAAUCAAGUACAAAUGGUCGUACUCCAGCAGAAUACAUCUGUGUUGAUGAGAAGUUAGAAUCUGUGCCUGGUGGAGAUUCAGGUCGGAAUGAGGCUGUCGUGUAUCCAGUGGAAGUUGUUUGUGGAAGUUUGAAAUGUCCACCGUACGUCAAUGGCAGAGAGCUUACUUGUGUUGUCUGCUCCAACUGAAAUAAAAAAAAACUAUAAUCUGAAAUAAAAUAUGCAAGUACAAACAA